AUGACAAAGCCGGCGAGGAAUAAGAUAAAGAUUAAGAAGAUUGACAACUUGUCGGCGAGGCAGGUGACGUUUUUGAAGAGGAGGAGAGGGCUUUUGAAGAAAGCUGGAGAGCUUUCGGUGCUAUGUGAUUGUAACAUGCCUCCUCGCCGAGCACCUAUGCAGAAUCAUCCAUGGGGGAAGAUGAGGAAGUACAUGGUGAUUAGACUAAUGCCAUGGAGCAGUUUUUUUCAGUGUUUUAGCACUAGCCUUGGCUCUGAGAUAAAUUAUGACAGGGCAUACAAGAAUGGAGCUAGAGCGUUUAGCCAUGCUGUUGAGCCCUUGGAUGCUCAGAAUUGGUUAGAGACCAUUGAGAAAAUGUUUAUUCAGGUGAGGUGCCUCGAGGAUAGGAAGUUUACAGCUCUUUUUAGAGAGCGAUACAUUAGUCAUGCUCAUGUCAACCGAAUGAGAGAGGAGUUCCUGAAUCUGAAGAAGAGUGAUGAUAUGACAGUGAUGGCUUUUGAGCAGCGAUUUCGAGAGUUGUCUUACUAUGUGCCUGAUUUGGUGAAGACAGAGCACGAGAAGAUUUAUCAGUUCACCAAGGGCCUUGGUGGUAUUUAUUCAGCUAGGAUGACAGCUGUGCCAUAUCAGUCAUUUCACCAGGCAGUGACUUUUGCUAUUAAUAUAGAGGCACAAGAGUUAGCAGCUGGCCGUUUUCAUGAUUAUGGUGGUCCUCGCUAG